GCAGUCUCCCUGAGUUCCAGGAGCUGAGGAGGUCCAGAAACUUCCAGCCAGGCACUAGAGGCUCAAUGGUAUCUGUCCUGUUGCCCCUCCUCUUCCUUCUGGGCCCUGCUGUCCCACAGGAGACCCCGGCUGGACAUUAUUCUCUGAGUUUUCUCUACACUGGGCUGUCCAAACCCAGUGUGGGUUUCCCCAGCUUUCAGGCAAUUGCCUACCUCAACGACCAGCCCUUCUUCCGCUAUGACAGCGUCAGCAGGAAGGCUGAGCCCUUGGACCCAUGGGGCCAGGUGGAAGGAAUGGAGGACUGGGAGAAGGAAAGCCAACUUCAAAAGGCCAGGGAGGACAUCUUCAUGGAGACCCUGAAGAACAUCAUGGACUAUUACAAGGAUGGAAAAGGGUCUCACACCUUCCAGGGAGUGUUUGGUUGUGAGCUCCGGAGUGACAGAAGCAGUGGAGCCUUCUGGAGGUACGCCUAUGACGGACAGGACUUCAUCGAGUUCAACAAAGAAAUCCCAGCCUGGGUCCCCUUGGACCCCGCAGCUCAGAACGUGAAGCAGACGUGGGAGAGAGAAGCAGUCUAUGUGCAGCGGGCCAAGGCCUACCUGGAAGAGGAGUGUCCCGGGAUGCUGCAGCGGUACCUGCAGCACGGACAGAAGUAUCUGGACCGAAGAGAUGCCCCCGCAGUGUCCCUCAGCAGUCACACGGCCCCAGGAAGCACGAGGACCCUCAAGUGCCUGGCCUAUGACUUCUACCCACGAGAGAUCCGUCUGCACUGGACUCAGGAUGGUGCCAUGCAGGAGAGCAAGUCGGGGGAACUGGUUCUUCCCAGUGGAAAUGGCACUUACCAGUCCUGGGUGGUGGUGGGAGUCCCCCCACAGGACACAGCCCCCCACACCUGCCAUGUGGAGCACAUCAGCCUGGCCCAGCCUCUUGCCGUGCUGUGGGACGAGAGGCGGGGAGCAGGGGCUGGAUGGGACAUGGAGACCCAGCCGCAGUAGUCCCCCUUCCUCCGGGCCAGGAAAGAGACGAACUCAGGAAAUCUCCACUAAUGUCAUCGGGGUACAACCCUCUCUCGCCUCAGAUUGACCUGAUGAAGUUUCCCUCUCUGUGUCUGCUGUAUGUCUGGCUAAUCACUUACCAAGG